CUGAAAAAUUAAAUUAAACAAAACCCAAAAAUGGCACCGCCUCAUCCGUCCACGUGAAGCAUCAAGAUCGACGCAGUUGUCGAAUCACUGUCCCACUUCCAAGUUUGAAAACCCCCACGCCAUUGCUUCGCCCUCUCAUAUCUUCCAUCCUCCCAGCCCCAUCCCCAUCGCCAUCGCCAAAACUCACACCUCCUUUUUCUGUGGUUCUGCAGGCGAGAAGUUGAAAACACAUCCAUCCAAUGGCAGAUUGGGGGCCGGUGAUUAUAGCGGUGGUGCUGUUCGUGCUCCUCAGUCCGGGGCUGCUGUUUCAGAUCCCAGCCAGAGGAAGGGUGGUUGAGUUUGGGAACAUGCAGACAAGCGGGGCUUCCAUUUUAGUCCACGCCAUCAUCUACUUCGGCCUCAUCACCAUCUUCCUCGUCGCCAUUGGCGUCCACAUCUACACUGGCUAAAUCUUUGUUUUCCAUUUCAUCUCUCCGCAUAAACUCAUGUCGCUAUUACUUUGUUUCUUUCUUAACUUCUCCAAUUUACGGAUUAUUGUUGUGAGACUUGUGCUAUUACUGUAUCAUUGGAGUUUCAGCGAUUACGGUCUGUAAAUUUGGUUUGCUUACGAAACGCGAUCCUUAAAUUCACUGGUUA